UUCAUGGUAACUACAAAUAAUAGUACUUCACCAACACGAGUACUUGACCAUCUUUCUCUCCUCUUUUAAAACCCCCCAUCCCUCCACUCAUUAUUCUUCACUUCCCCAAACCCGAACCAAAAAAGAAAAACAAAGGAAACAAAAGAUCGAAGACACAUUGCUCAUCAUCACAACAUUUCUCUAAUUCUGCUUUCAUUUUCUUUUUCUAUGGGGGCUCAUCCUACUCCUCGGUUCAAACCAAUCACGAAAUGCAGCUCUGAGAAUCGGUCGAACCAGACAGUGGCCGCUGACCUAGAUGGGACUCUUCUUGUCUCUUCCAACGCCUUCCCUUAUUACAUGCUCGUCGCCAUUGAAGCCGGGAGCCUCCUUCGAGGCCUGGUCCUCUUGGCGUCGGUGCCAUUCGUGUACUUCACGUACAUAUUCUUGUCCGAGGCCGCGGCCAUCAAGACUCUGACCUUCAUAGCCUUCGCCGGGCUCAAGAUCAAAGACGUCGAACACGUCUCGCGGUCCGUUCUUCCCAAAUUCUACGCCGAGGAUGUUCACCCGGACACUUGGAGGGUUUUCAGUUCUUUCGGAAAACGCUAUAUCAUCACGGCCAGUCCAAGAGUCAUGGUCGAACAUUUUGUGAAGAGCUUUUUGGGAGUUGAUAAGGUUCUUGGGACGGAGUUGGAGGUUACCAAGUCCGGCAGAGUCACCGGAUUUGUCAAAACUCCGGGCGUUCUUGUUGGUGAACACAAGAGAGAAAUUCUUGUUAAGGAGUUCGGCUCGGCCGUGCCGGAUUUGGGCAUUGGAGAUAGAGAAACCGAUCAUGAUUUCAUGUCAAUUUGCAAGGAAGGGUAUAUGGUCCCCAAAACCAAGUGUGAUCCUCUACCAAGGAACAAGCUCCUUAGCCCAAUAAUAUUCCACGAAGGUCGUUUUGUGCAAAGACCAACCCCUCUGGCGGCACUACUCACUUUCCUAUGGCUGCCAAUUGGUAUAAUUCUCUCCAUUCUAAGGGUAUACCUCAACAUCCCUCUCCCGGAACGACUUGCUUGGUACAAUUACAAGCUAUUGGGAAUCAAAGUAGUCGUGAAGGGAACACCACCACCGGCCCCGAAAAAGGGCAAAAGUGGGGUCCUGUUGGUGUGUAAUCACCGCACUGUUCUUGAUCCCGUUGUCACCGCUGUUGCCCUAGGCCGAAAAAUCAGUUGUGUCACCUAUAGCAUUAGCAAAUUCUCCGAAAUGAUCUCGCCAAUAAAGGCGGUGGCACUUUCAAGGGAGAGAGAGAAAGACGCGGCCAACAUCAAGCGAUUGCUCGAAGAAGGUGAUCUCGUGAUUUGUCCCGAGGGCACCACUUGUCGCGAGCCCUUUUUGCUUAGGUUCAGCGCUUUAUUUGCAGAACUGACUGACCGAAUUGUGCCGGUCGCGAUUAACACGAAGCAGAGUGUGUUCUAUGGCACCACGGUGCGGGGUCACAAACUUUUGGACCCUUAUUUCGUGUUCAUGAAUCCUAUGCCGACUUAUGAGAUCACAUUCUUGAAUCAACUUCCCAAGGAGUUGACUUGUAAUGGAGGAAAGUCAGCAUUUGAAGUGGCCAAUUAUAUUCAAAGGGUUUUGGCUGGAACUUUGGGGUUUGAGUGCACCAAUCUAACGAGGAAGGAUAAGUAUGCUAUGAUUGCUGGGACAGAUGGCCGAGUUGCAAUUAAGAAAGAUGAAAAGGAGGCCAAGACUAUCAUUAGCUAAUUUUUUAUUAUUGAAAAAAAAAAAGUCAUCAAUUAAUUAAUUCACAAAGACCCCAUUAUCAAGAUAUAUAGUUUCUCUCGAUCAAUCUCUCUAUUGUUUCUUCAUAUUAUAUGGUAAGAAAAUGGAAAAGGGUUUCUCUUAAAAUAGCAAUAAGAGUGAUCAUAUCUGUGAUGUUCAUUGUAGAAGAGAAUCACGGUGUUUGUAUAUGCCUAUUUUGGAAAUCUACCUAGAAGAUCAGCCUUUAAUUUAUUA